AUGCAACUCACCACCAUCCUCCGCCUCGCUUCCGGGCUCGCAGCUGCAGCUCUCACCCAGGCCACUCCUCUCAUCCCCCGCCUCUCCCUCCUCCCCACCGCCGAGAUCACCUUCCACGGCGCCGCCGACGCCCAAUACACCCUCACAGUCCCCCUCACCGGCUCCCCAAUCUACACCUACAACCCGCUCUCCAUCUCCUCCAUCUCCUCACCCAGCAUCAACAUCGCCACCAACUGCGUGCUCUCCACCCCAGACUACCCCCCCGCACUCGUCGCUGGCGCCCCAGGCACCUGGAUCCUCGGACCCCCCCAGACCGUCAUCUCCCUCUCCUGCAGCAUCUCCGGCAACAGCAGGAGGUAUCUCCCUCCCCCACCACCACCACCGGCAGCCAGCAUCCUGAUCGAGUUCCAGGGCGCGGACCCGGACCAGGGUGCCUUCUACUCCGUCGUGGUCCCGCUAGAUGGGACUGUCGUGCAGACGGAUAACGCGCUGAGCGUCAGCACGCUGGUCGCGGGCUUCGAUGCCCUGGCUGCGAAUUGCGUGUUUGGGUAUGCGGAUGGGGAGGCGGCGUUGGCGAGGGUGGCGGUGGAUCGAUGGGCUGUUGGGCCGCCGCAGGGUAUUAUUGAGGUGUCGUGCCGGGCGUGA